UCACGCUCAGUCAAGUUCGACAGCGCUCUCUCCAAAAGUCUCUUCGCGCAGGAAGCCAGGGAAGCGACAAAAGAGGAAGCAUGUCUCCCGCCAUUGCGCCAGCACUCCGUUCUCUACCACAGACCACUCCUCUUGGACGAACGAGUUGGUUCUCAGGGCCGCAAGGCGCUGCUCUCGUGGUUUGACUCAGUCAGCCAAUCGCGAUCCAUGCCAUGGAGGAAAGCGUGGGUUGACCCCCAGACGAUAUCAGACCCGGCCGAGCUCCGUAAGACGCUCGAGAUACGUGCGUACGAGGUCUGGAUAAGCGAAAUUAUGCUGCAACAGACGCGCGUGGCCGUCGUCAUUGACUACUGGAGCCGCUGGAUGGCCAAGUGGCCGACGAUUCAUGAUCUGGCAGCUGCAAAGCCGGAGGAUGUCCUGUCCGCGUGGAGUGGGCUUGGAUACUACAGCCGCGCCACAAGGAUACAUGAAGCGGCGAAGCGUGUCGUUGGCGACCCAGACAUGAGGGGCCUCUUGCCGUCCUCUGCAAGGGACCUCGACGCAAAGAUCCCCGGCGUUGGGCGAUAUACUGCUGGUGCCAUCUCAUGCAUCGUAUUUGGCCGCGCGGAACCGAUGGUCGACGGCAACGUGCUGCGAGUGUUGAGCAGGCAGCUGGGCAUACACGGCAACAUCAAGACGGGCAAAGCCGUCAUCGAUGCCAUCUGGGCAGCGGCAGAUGCCAUGGUGAAAGCGACGUCUGAGCUGGACAGCCCCAAUGGCGAGACAAGCUGCGAACCCAACGACCGACCGGGCCGUUGGGGCCAGGCGCUGAUGGAGCUGGGCAGCACCAUCUGCACCCCGAACCCUGAUUGCUCUCAGUGUCCGAUUACCUCUACGUGUCGCGUUUAUAAGGAGGGCGAGCUCAAGGCCAGCAAGCCAAGGGAGACGCUCAAGACGAUCGCGGACAUUGAGGACGCAGCAUGUAUCCUCUGUGAACCGUUUGAUGACAGCGCAGGAGGCAGUGAUGACGACUCCACCCAAGGCAAGAACCGCACCAACAAGGCAGAGGUAAGGCAGAGCAAGCAAGCAACACUGGCAGCGUUUGCGUUUACGAGGAAACCCGCCAAAGACGCUCCAUCCUCUUCCUCUCCUUCAGCGACGUCUGGGGCCCCUUCCAAGGCCACCAUGAACAUCAUCACCAGCCACGCCCGCCGAUUCCCCGUCAAGGUCAUCAAAAAGGCCGUCCGUGAAGAAGAAACGCUUGUCUGCGCGAUCCGCCGAAGCGACGGCCACUACCUCAUUCACCGCCGGCCACUCAAGGGUCUUCUGGCUGGACUUUGGGAAUUCCCGAGUCAACUGCUGGGGCCAUCGACGAAACCGGAUACGGGCAAGCGAGAGCAGCUUGCUACAGCAUAUGUGUCAAGUCUGGUGAAUGGUGGCAAAGAAAGGAGGAAGAGAAAGACCAAGAUAUCUUGCGGGGGAGAGCUUGGCAGUGUGCCUUGGUUGUUUUCGCACAUUAAGCUCACGAUGCAUGUGUUCUUGUUCGAAGUGGGCGAAGAUGCGGAGGUGGCAGAUGACAAAGAGCAGCCAAGACGGUGGGUGGCCAGUGGUCAGGUUGAUGCAGAGUCGAUGGGAACGGGAAUGCGCAAAUGCUGGGAAAUGGUACAGAAUGCAGUGAAAGAAUCAUAG